AUUAUCAUCAUUGCACAGAAAGUAUGUCGUAAGUAAGAUUCAACAGUGCCGUCUGCAGAUAGGCAGGAUGUCGUUUGUUUUGAGAAAUUCAUCUGGAUGUUUCAACUGUAUAAAUAGCAGGCGGCUGUUACAAAUAUAAACAGUCCGAAUAUUUAAUACCAUUCAAAUGGAGAUAUGAAUUUUAUCGCAUUAUUUAUCACUUCUACGUUACGGCCAUGAUAGGUGUAUGUAAAUUAAAUUGCGGUCGCUUAUUUUUUUUAGCCAAUCUGCGUUCAACGGCAUGGUUUAUUUAUAAAAACCCAUUGGCGGACCAGUUCUUUUGCUGAUGAUUUCGUUUGCUGACCUUUAUAUAAUUUCUUUCCAAACACCGGCGGUGUAGUAUUUAGCGGAUUUUCUUCGAUUGGACUUUUGCCAUGAAACCAGGAUUCAGCUUGAUGAAUAAGAGUGCCUAUCUUGUCGGAUUUGUGCAUUUGAUGGAAUACCACAUUUUUGUUUUAUUAUUCGUGUUAAUAUAUUUAGCUGGAUGCAAGUGUCAGGUAGAUGAGCAUUUAGAGCAGGACAUAUCCAUAAGAAAUAAAAAGUAUUGUGGAAGCCAUCUGGCAGAAACACUGGCUACAAUCUGUCAAGGGAAAUACAACACCAUGAAGCCUGCUCACCGGAGAAAGAACAUACCGUCGCCAGAGAGGACAUAUUUCUCCGCGAUGGCGACCACGUUACUGGAAAAUCUUGGAAAGAAUCGCAGGCGACGGGGAGUGUAUAAUGAGUGCUGUGAAAAAUCGUGUUCAAGAGAAGAACUAUCGUUGUACUGCGCAGCUAACAGAUAGGCCCUUACACACUUUAUCUUUGAAACUGUUUUUCUAUAGUCGAGAAGGAUAUGGUAUCGUUCAAAAUGAUUGGGCGCACCACGUGUUAAGUGUGACAGGUCUUUGAAGAUUUUAGUGCAAAUAGAAAACAUCUGGAUGUGAUUAUUAUGUGAUGUUACAAAUUUGACUAUUUAAAUUCGACUGAAAUAGAACGCAAUCCAACAGUAGUUUUAUUGAGUUAAACUGUAUAGCUAGUAGAUAAUAUAGUAGCCUAAAAAUUGAGGCAGGAGAGACUUUGAGCCAUUUUCUUUCUGAACAACUCGUUUUCCCAGAACAUAUAACGAAAUCUUCAUUUUUUGUGAAAACGACGAACUGCCAUUGUUGUCUAGGUCUCAUCGAUUAGUUUGAAAUGGCAAAUGUUGAAAACGAGAUUUCAAAUGACCGCACCCUUCUUAAAAUCCUUUUUCAUGGUUGUUUCAAAGGUCCUAUAUUAUCAGCAUAGGCAGGACCUCUAUAUAUCUAGUAGCUAUGUGAGUUAAACGAAAGAGAAACGCAAAAAUGUAGAAUACGCUUUCGAAUUAGUUUUCAUAGACAAAAAAUUACUUUUUUUUGUAAGAAUAAUACCAUGCUUAUAGUAGGAAAUUUGAAAAUAAUGUGAUAUUGAAAUCGGGUUUUCCACUAUGUGGAGGUGAUUAGGAAAAAUGUAAAUUUACUAGUUUUACUAAAUUUGUAGUGUAUUGUUUGGACUAUCAAAUUGUUAACGCGUUUACUAAAUUAAAACAAUAAUGUGACGAUUUAGAUCUCAUUAGUAAUAAGUAAAACCAUAUUGACAUCUAUUCAUUAUCAAGCCUUACGGCACAAAUAGUUGCUAUUUCAAAACUGAACAAACCGCAGACCAAACUGUCAUUGUAAAUAUUUUUUAUUUAUUUCAUUUUCCGUCAAUUAAACGCUCGUUGAUUGUUUAAUAACAAUCUCUUAAAGGCCCAAAUAGAGAUAGUAAUUCAUAAUUAACUUUUGCAUAGUUUCCAGAUCAUCAAAAUGGUAUAAAAUGCGUUGAUUGGUGGAUUGAACAAGCUAGUUGUAUCAAAAUACACUUGCGGUCGAAAUCACGAAACAUGACGAAAACCUAACAACGGCACCCAAAUAAAGAAAGGGACGUACGAUGAUGAAAUUUAUGAAAUAAUUGAUAUCAUUACUCAAAAAUAAUCCGAUCACAUAAUCGUCAACUUUGGUGAUCUCGACUGUCAUUAUUCUGAUUUAUUCUAUUAAAAAAUCAAUUAGUUUGUUGUGAAACACAUUGCCAUUAAUAGAUUUUAGUUAAACUUUUGUGACAUUUUGUGAACGCAAAAAUUGUACAUAUAAUAUUCUCCUCAAUGAACUCUCGUAUGAAAAAAUGAGCGGGUGCUCCUUGUGAUAUAUCUCUAACUGAAUUGGAAAAUAAAUUAA